AUGAAAGUGUCAGUGUUCCGAGUCAACUCAAUAUAUUCUCUUUCUUUCUUACUUUUUCCGUUACUUUCUUUCUUGCUUGUUUUUCUUUCUUUCUUUUUCUUUCUCUCUUUUAGUUUGUUUAUUUCUUGCUUGAAAUAUUCUUUCUUUUUUCUUUCUUUCUUUCUUUCUUUUUUUUUCUUUCUUUUAUUUGUUUCUUUAUUCCUUUUUGAAAUUUUCUUUCUUUCUUUCUUUCUUUCUUUCUUUCUUUUUUUUAGUUUGUUUCUUUAUUCCUUGUUUGAAAUUUUCUUUCUUUCUUUCUUUCUUUCUUUCUUUCUUUUAGUUUGUUUCUUUAUUCCUUGCUUGAAAUAUUCUUUCUUUCUUUCUUUCUUUCUUUCUUUCUUUCUUUCUUUCUUUCUUUCUUUUAGUUUGUUUCUUUAUUCCUUGCUUGAAAUAUUCUUUCUUUCUUUCUUUCUUUCUUUCUUUCUUUCUUUUAGUUUGUUUCUUUAUUCCUUGUUUGAAAUUUUCUUUCUUUCUUUCUUUCUUUCUUUCUUUCUUUCUUUCUUUCUUUUUAGUUUUUUGUUUCUUUAUUCCUUGUUUGAAAUUUUCUUUCUUUCUUUCUUUCUUUCUUUCUUUCUUUCUUUUAGUUUGUUUCUUUUUUCUUUGCUUGAAACUUCUUUCUUUUUAGUUUCUUUCUUUUUAGUUUGUUUCUUUAUUCCUUGUUUGAAAAUUCUUUCUUUUUUCUUUCUUUCUUUCUUUCUUUUUCUUUUCUUUCUUUUCUUUUAUUCCUUGCUUGAAAUAUUCUUUCUUUCUUUCUUUCUUUCUUUUUUUAGUUUGUUUCUUUAUUCCUUGUUUGAAAUUUUCUUUCUUUCUUUCUUUCUUUCUUUUUUUCUUUUCUUUUUUCUUUAUCUUUCUUUUUCUUUCUUUCUUUCUUUCUUUCUGUCUUUCUUUCUUUCUUUCUUUCUUUUGUUUCAAUUAAUUCUUCUGUCCCUAUCUAUCUAUCUAUCUAUCUAUCUAUCUAUCUAUCUAUCUAUCACGGUCUAUUCAUACCUAACUAUCUAUCUAUAUUGUUUGGAAUCACCAUUGCUAACGAACAAGGGUAUCAUGUUUGUUAAAAUAUUUCUCCGAUUCUAUUCAUAUCUAUCUAUCUAUCUAUCUAUCUAUCUAUCUAUCUAUCUAUCUAUCACGGUCUGUUCAUACCUCUCUCUCUCUCACUCUCUCUCUCUCUCUCUCUCUCUCUAUCUAUCUGUAGGUCUAUCUAUCUAUUAUGGUCUAUUCAUAUCUAUCUAUCUAUCUAUAUAUAUAUCUAUCUCUCAUUGUCUAUUCAUAUCAAACUAUCUAUCGUUGUCUAUUGAUAUCUAUCUAUCUAUCUAUCACAUCUAUUCGUGCUCAUCUAUCAUUGUCGAUUCAUAUAUAUCUAUCUAUCACGGUCUGUUCAUAACUAUCUAUCUGCCUGUUUGUUUCUCUCUCUCUCUCUCUCUCUCUAUCUGUUUGUCUGUCUAUCUAUCUAUUAUGAUCUAUUCAUAUCUAUAUAUCUAUCUAUCUUUGUCUAUUCAUAUCUAUCUAUCUAUCUAUCUAUCUAUCUAUCUAUCUAUCUAUCACAGUCUAUUCAUAUCUAACAAUCUAUGUAUCUGUCUAUCGUUCUAUUAUGGUCUGUUCAUAUUUAUCUAUCUAUCAUUGUCUCUUUAUAUCUAUCUAUCUAUCUAUCUAUCUAUCUAUCUAUCUAUCUAUCUAUUUAUAUCUGUUCAUAACUAUCUAAAUUUAAACGAUCUUCCUACACAGUAA